AUGCUUAUUCAUGAUAUGGAUAUUGCUCGUCUUAUGACUCAUGCUCAACAAAUUGAGGAAGCAAAACUAAAAGGGAAAGCUAGGGAGAAAAAGAGGUCUAUAAAUGAUGAUGGUGAUUCCUCUCAUGUGAGGUCCGAUGGACAUGGUCGUUCUAGGAAUCGACAAAGGUGGUUGGCCGGUAGUGAGGGUUGCUUUAGUUGUGGUGAAAGUGGCCACAAGAUGAGAAAUUGCCCAAAGAUGAAAGCUAAGGGAAGAGAGGGUAAGCAAGUUGCUCCUAGUGGUUCAGAUGGGAACACUUUAAAGAAGAAUAUGUUUUAUGCUCUCCAAGCUAGAGGUGAACAAGAGUGUCCCCUGGAUGUGACUACCGGGUCUGGUGAUAUUGACUUCCAUUCUCGUGGGUAG